GCAAAGUGAAGAGUCAUGAUCCUAGGCCUCAGCAUUUCCCACUUCUAGGCCUGAUGAUCAUUUCCAUUGCUACAUUUGGUCAUCUCAAGUUGCGACGCCCCGCCUUCGUCCUGACGCCUGCUUGCUCUUCCCGCUUCAGCCCGAAACCAGCCUAAUUUUCCAAAUGGAUGAAGCUGCCCAGGGUGCAAAGGCGCUGACUGCCUCGGACUUUCCAUCUGCCAUAAAACAUUUCACACGGGCCCUGACGGUCAACCCCCACGCGACAAAUUACUACGUCAAACGGUCAACCGCGUUCUCGCGCCUGAAACCAGAGGAUGGAGGACCGAACGGUGAAGCGGCUCUUCGAGAUGCUGAGAUGGCGGUAGCUCUUGGUAUUCAGCGCGCAAGACGAGAGUUGAUCAUAGCGGGUCAAAUGAGAAGAGCUAUUGUCCUGUAUCAGCUGGGCCGAUUCGGAGAUGCCGAUUUCUUGUUUAAGAUCCUGAGGAAUAAGCUGGGCAAUGCUGCUGAUACCAACUCAAAGGACAAGGCAAUGGCGGCAAUGGGACUCACGGAUGCGACAGCGGCGACUCGUGAUAGCAGCGUCAAGGACCAGGAGCUGCAGAUCUGGGAGGUCAAGGUCAAGUCUCAACUUAGUAAACUAGCGCCUGGGGAUGAGAAAGCGAAUGUAACCAUUGCGGAAAUCCCUAGCGUCGUCGUUCCCGACACAGCGGUGUUGAAAGAAUUGCAUCAGGCUCAACUGCGAGAAAUGGAAAGUGGCGUUGAACCGUCAUCGCUGCAAGUCGAAAACAAGACGCAGGGACAACAGAACCAGCAAGAGACACCUGAUAAAGCUGCCCAUGGCACACCUUCUGAAAGCCAGUCGCAAUCUGCUCAAGUGUCUACUUCUCAAGGGCCAGUAACCGCAAAGCACAGGCAUGAGUGGUAUCAGAAUCAUAACACUGUGGUCGUUACGUUAUACGCGAAGGGUGUUCCAAAGGAUAAAGCCGAAAUUGAAAUUCAAGAGCACUCUUUAUCAAUUUCAUUCCCAACGAGCACCGGUUCCGAUUUUACCUUUGACUUGGACCCGUUAUACGCUGCUGUUGAUACCACAGCUUCCAGAUAUUCAAUCAUGUCGACUAAGAUUGAAAUUAUUCUCCAUAAGAAACAACCUGGCCAAAAGUGGGCAUCCCUAGAAGGAACUAUGGGUCCCGCAGCCCAAUCAACCACAUCUUCAAGCUUUCCUCUCCCGUCCGUUCCCGCUUCGGCUCCAACCAAGGCACCUUCGUAUCCCACGUCUGCUCGUGGUGGCGCUAAGAAUUGGGACAAAAUAGCAGCAGAUCUAAGCAAAAAGAAGAAAUCAAACAGUGGAGACCAAGGCAAGGAUGAAGAUAUGGAUUCCGAUCUCGAGGAAUACAACUCUGGUGAUCCGGUCGAUGGCUUCUUCAAGAAACUCUAUGCUAAUGCUGAUGACGAUACGAGGCGCGCGAUGAUGAAGAGUUACUAUGAGAGCAAAGGGACGGCAUUGAGUACUAAUUGGAGCGAAGUCAGUAAAGGUCCAGUUCAAGAGCAUCCUCCUUCGGACGACUAAAACAUUAAAUCAAUAUUACGACGCGACGCGUACCAAUCUCCGAUCAUGUAGUCUUUUUCUUUUUCGUUUUACCAUUCUUCGUCACGCAAGGCGCUUUGGGGUUCGGAUUUGAUUAAUUAGAUGAAAUAACUCGAAAGCUAGUGCAAGGUUGCCUUUCAUCCCCUAACCUGGCCUUUCUUGCUUUAUUGCCCGAGAAUACAUCUUUGCAGCUGACUCCAAGAAAACUUCAACUCCAGCUACAUGUUGAGAUCGAGAA